AAUACAACAUAAUCCGUCCAUCGUACGAGUUAGUGAUACAAUAUGGCCAGCGUCGGGCGAGGGAGGGGGAGAGGGAGGGGCUUAAUGAUGGCAAAGGUUGGAUCCGCGCCAAGACCUGGACCUGAGAGUGAUAAUGACGCGCCCAAAGUAGGUGAUCAGAACAGAAGUUCCCCACCAGGUGGCACUGUCCAGGAUCUUGAAGAUUAUCUGGAGAAACUGAAUUUCGAUCUGACGGAGGAUAACUUAGAGGACAUUAUGACCUUGUCCAAAUCAAUGUCUACUGAGGACCACAUGAAGAACGUGGCCAAGCGCAUUUACAACAAGAGUUUGAAAUACCAGGAGUUUGCCAAGUGUGGAGCAUGCAUUUGUGACAGAUUGUCUAAUGUGGAAGUUCAAGGGUCAAAGUUCAGAAAUGUUAUUCUGAGAUUUGUGCAGGAAGAUUUUAAAGGUAAAGAAGAAAUGCGUAAAUCUGAGAAUGCACGCUACCUGGGCUUUGUGACGUUUUUGUGUCAGGUGUUUGGUAACGUUCGUCUAGCUACGGGCGACACGAUGAAGCCGCUUGUGGCCCCGGUUUAUGAGUGCCUGGAACAGAUCUUACAGGACACAGCUUCUAAUGAGAAUGAAUACGAAUGCUUAUCUCUACAGCUGCAGUCGAUUGGGAAAGACCUUGAACUUCAGGAUCAACCACGCAUGUCCACGCUGAUCGAUCAAGUGCGAACACGCAUCAUAAAAGACGGACUGACAUCAGGGGGGCGGUGCACGCUGUUGGAGCUACUGGAGUGUGGCUCACGCGGCUGGAAGCCAUUAUCUAAUGACCUGACCCGAUUCUACUGCGACACCAUGGUGGAGAUAUUCACCACGAGCAUCGAGUGAACGACACAGCCUGGUCGGAGUUCCGCACUGAUGAUUCUGACGGUGAAUUCAUCGGAGCGUAUCUGUGGCCAUUCUGUUUACUGAACCACGGCGUUAGAUUUGAAAGCAAUGUCAUGUGGCCACAAUGUGUUCUGUUUUUAUCGAAUAGAAACAUUGCUGUGGAGGAAGACAGGGUAUUGUUGUAGGAGUAAGAAAUCACAUUUUCUGUCAAAUGUGCAUCAUAUUCAUUAAAACGAAGUUGGGGUGUCUUUACAGAAAAAUUUAGAAACGAAUAUUAUGAAAAAUUCAUUCCCCAUGGACAACAAAAUAAUGUUUUGUUAUUUUAGUUAUGGCAGUGACACGGCAUUUUAAUGUCAUUUUAAUCUUUUUAGUACGGAGAUUUGCAAUAUUUGUUUUUUAACACAAAACCAUUGUUUACAGAAACCAAUGAAUAUUAUCCUGCAGUAUUACAUAUUGAUACAUGACAUUGUGCAUACACACAUAUCAGGAAAACUAUACAUGUGUUAGGAUCUGAGAGUUUAUGAACAAGAUCAUUAUUCUUCCAUAAUUAAUUCCUUUUGUCCCUGGAAUCAAUCCUAGAUAGCCAGCAGCUUAACAAAUUUAGAAAAUGCUUUUAUCUUUUGAACUUUACAGUGAGAGGGCUUCUAUGUUAUUAUAUGCAUGUUAUUCUUUCUAACCUUGACCUUUGACCCACUUUUGAAAAACCUUUUCUUUUGAACUUGUAAGUGUGAAGGUUUUAAUGUUAUGAAGUUAGUAUUAUUGUAUCUAACCUUGACCUUUGACCCACUUAAUCCUUGCUUUUAAACGAUAGUAGAAAUGACAUUGAUAUUUGGUAAAUGUUGGUGUAAGCCUUGUAAGUGGAAUUUUUUAGAAAAAAGGGGGGAUAAAAGAUACACUUGUGUAUAUAUGUAUUAUGUACAGUUGAAUUUUGGUAUCUCAAUCAUCGAUAUCUCCAAUACCAUACCCGCACUGAAGAUGGUCAUAUUUUUAUUUUGUAAGAGGUUUUGACCUCUCAGUGAGACCGACCUGUCCCUCUGUUACCUGUAGCUGUAUAUGUUCGUCUUCGAGUUUUAGUUUUGGUUUUGUCUUGUAUGAUACAUAAUCAUCCUUCCUCGUUAGUUAAUGAUCAGCACAGUGACAGAAAUCCAGCGUCAGUCGUAGAUUUCUGGAAUAGACGUUCACUAGUCAUGGAGAGCGUUUUGUAUGUAGCCAAAAUUUUGCCUCGAAAGAAAUUUGUACAAAGUUUGUUUUUUUUAGAUAUAUUUUUAUUAUUUCACCAGUCGACACUGGACUGUGUGAUGAGGUCGAUGUUUUUCCUGUUUUACAUGACGGGUAUAUAUUUUUUUUUUCGUGGAUGGGCAUUACGGAGCCAUUGUUAACAGAGUUCGAGGACUUUGUCAUGACUUUACUUCCAUCAGAAAAAUGUAACAUGUUCACUUGAAUUUGUUGACACAGCCAUAUACAGGAUUCACACAACAUUCACAACAUAUGUGUAAACGAUAUACCGUAGAUUCUUUAUUGUACGUUUUUCCAGUCAAAAACUUUCCGACCACCAAAAAAACUUUUUCAAUGUUCUCAGACUGCUUUUAGUGCAUGUAGAACUAUCAUUUUAGUAUAGAUUUGUUCCUGAGAAAAUUCUUCAAAUGUUGUUAAAAAGUUUUGUAACAAUUCCUUAUUGAUAAAGGUGUUACAUACUGGUUUGUAUAUUCCCUUGUGUUGACUUUCAUUGUCAUUUUUCUGGAUAUUAGGUCAUGUCAAAGUCAUGUGAUUCACCACCGUGAUAAUAUUGCGAGAUGAAUUGGCCAGUAGUCUUUUGAUUAAGAACUUUUGUAUUUUAGCAAUAUGAAAAGAAAAGUGAGUAAUUUGAUUUUGCAAAGUGAUGCUUCUUGUGAAAUUAUACAUUGAUAAGUUUCUUGCUUCUAUAUUUAGAAAUCUACUGUAUACAUGAUAUACAUUAUAUAUACGAUAUGCACACCAUACAUGAUAACAAAUUACUAGAUAUCUUGCCAGUUGUGCAUGUCCUUCAUUUGUGUCAAUUUUGUGUAGAAUCUGUCGACUGAAGUCAUAUUGGAUUUUUGUAAGGGGAGACAACUCCCUAGGUUGUUUUUCCUUCCAUUUCAAAUGCCAAUUCAUACUCAUCAAUCUUGUUCAUUUGACUGGCAUUGUUCGUGCUUCAGCUGUUUUAUUCUACAUGUAACAAAGACGGUAAAAAGGAGAUUCAGUUCUGUGGUGAUUAUUGCUGAAGUUGCACACUUUGUAUUUGUAUAAGUUUAACAUAAAGGUAUGAACUGAGUUUCUUAUAUUUUUAUGAAUAAACUCUUGAAACAGUUUUAA